AUGUAUCCAUCGUUGGGUUAUGCUUCAAAUCCCUAUUAUUAUACAAAUGGUGCUGGAGUUGCUCAAAUACCUCCUGUGGUCGGAACGUUGUCGGCUCAGCAACAACCACCCAUCAUCAACUUGAUACCAACGGCUCAAAACGAACAACAACAACAACAACAACACAUUCCUGAGAACGUUCCUCUUCAUCAAGUCGAGCCACAACAACAAGUUCCCACAACAAACAACAGCCCAACCUGUGCACGAGGCAACAACCAUUGUUGUAACUUUUGGAAACGUUGUCGAGAACAACACAAAUUCCUUCAUGCUCUUCAAAGCAAGACAUUGUCAUGUAUUCCAAGAGCUGUGGUUGUUGGUGGAGUAUUGUUGUUCAUCUUGACAUUGAUCUUCUUAUUCACUGUUGGAUCCAGUAUUGACGGUAAAAUGGCAUACAAGAAAGAUCAAUGCGUGAUUAUGAAAGAUCCAGACAAUUUGGUAGUUCAUUUCGAUUAUGAUCGUGACAUGUAUUAUAUUAACUUGAAUGUUGAUCUUGCCAGUGGAACAAAGUAUUACAUGGGAUGUGACUCGUGUGUUGCUAAACCACCAUCAUCAUCAUCGACUUCAGCCGUUAAAAAGAUGUACACUUUGAGAGAAGUAUGUGCAAGCCCACUCUUACAAAAGACCUCAGAUUGUAGAGAUCGUAUUAUUGCUAAGGGAAGUUUGACUUGCAUGGUAAAUCGAAGAUUGAGAAAACGUUCUGGCAUGGAUCAUUAUUAUCAUGGACAUGGUGGUGAACAGAAUAAGGCUCCUGGCAAUCACCACAAGGAAGAUAACGCUGGACCACAAAUGAUGCAUCAUGGUCACCAUCAUCAUCCUGGCAUGAUGACUCGAGAAUUGCACCAUUCUGGUCCUCGUCACGGUCCACACAUAAUGACUCGUGAAAUUCCACUCUCCCAAAUUCUCUCCAAGCAAGAACCAAAUCAUGAUCAAUCCAAUGAACAAGCACAUGAUGUUCACCGUAGCGACUAUUAUGGAAGACAAUUUAACAGCGAAAUGGUCAAGACUGUACAAGAAGUGAAGAGAUCAUUCAGAAAGCAUCUCCACAGAACAGUACCAAUCUGGUUGAUUAUUUCACUCAUUGCAAUGGUCGUCUUUAUUGUGGUUGGUUACAAGCGUUUGGAAGGAAGAUCAAAAUGCUCCAUUGACAGAUUCUUUAAGCAAUACCUUAAGAAUCCAUUCAAGGAAUCUGGACAAGUCUACAAGUUGGACGAGGUCUCUCAAAGCUGUGUCAUUAUUCAAGAGCCUAAAGAACCAAAAGAUCACACCCUUCUCUCAUCUGCAACUUUGCAAAUGGAACUCCCACCUCGUAAGGAGAGAGCAUUGGCCAAGAGAAUGAAAAUGUUCUAUGGCGCUCUCAGACAUACUGCCACAGAACCACACGAAACCUUACUCUACUAUGAAAAGGUUUCCAAGAAGAAUUUGUGUUCUCAUUUCCAUGGAAACAACUCUCAAUCAUCUUGCAAUGGAAAGAGAAGAAUUGCAAAAGCCAUCAAGAUUUUGUUAGGCGUCUUGUUUGUUCUUGCUGUUGGUACUCUUAUUGCGUUUGCAGUCAUUAGUUUUUGUAACAAGUCUGUCAUUAGGGGACUCAUCUUUUUGCAUUUGAGCAUUGCUGCUAUUGGUGUUGUCAUCUCAAAGAUUUUAUUCAGAAUGAGAAAGGUUCACUAUUAUAUUACUGACAAGCGUGUGAUUCGAGUGGAUGAGUUGCCAUGUCGAUUGCGGUUAACAUUGAGAUAUGUGUCAUUUGACAAGAUUCAUAGUGUUUGGGCAGAUGGUAACAAGAUUCAUCUCAAGCUUCUUCCCCAUGAAAAGACUGGAAUUUUCUUUGAACAUGCCGUUGAUCCUGCCUUUGUUGUGAACCUUAUUCAACAACGCAUCCCAUCGUCAGAGUCUACCAACAACAGUGGAGAUGUCGAACUUCAAGAACAACCAACCACUGAACCCACAGCAACACAAAAUUAG